AUGGAUCAACGAGCUAUCAGCUAUUUAUUGGCUUUACUUGCCUCUAAGAGCAAAGCUAUAGAUUCCACAUUUUUGAAUAACCUAGUUUAUCGCACCGCAAGAAUAAAAUCAUUGCCGCAGCUAGUCGCUCUGGUGGAAGGCAUAUUUCAAAGUGAUGUUUGGUCUUAUAUUGAUUUAAGGGAGGUAUACCAAAUGGCAGAAGCUAUUAUGUACUGGAAACUUGAAAUAUCAGAGCCCUCUAUUCCCGUCUCUUCAUUUUAUGAUGUCUGGAAUGCAUGCUUUGCCAAAUGUGAUUCAUGGACAAUGCCGAAACUCUCUAUUCUAGGCGGGAUAUUAAGCACUAAGGGAAAAUUUAUUGGAAUUCAAUCAAAUGCAUUUGUUGAUGAUACGGGAAAUGUUAUAUCAUACUAUAACCAGUGGAGGGUCUCAUAUUUCAUACCAAUUAUGAAUCAUUUUUUAUCGCUGCCUCAUGCAGACUGUAGCACUUUAGUAUUGAUGUAUGCCACCAUAAGUGAAGAGGAAGAUAGUUUUAAAGAUUUGGUAGGUAAUUGGGAUAUGGUGACAUUUUAUUUAUCUGCUUUUCUCUCUGCAUAUAUGCUACAUUCGGGUCAGAAUGACAAUUUUUUGGCUGGAAAUAUGAAUAGACUUGCCCAAACUUUGCAAAUCUCAAUUGCUCGCAGCUCAAGAAAGGUAGUAUCUGCUUUUUUAUCAAGACUAUGCAGAGAUUGUUAUGACCUUUCGAUAGUUGAAUCAAGGGGUGUGCUAGAGAAAGACUACUCAACAGUACACUAUUCCAAUAUUCUAUUUACAAUAACCCUGACGUUGCGGGGAAUGUUAGAAACAUCGACUCCUCUUCCAUUUUCAUCAUACUAUCAAAGUCUCAUGUGCUUAUUUUACAUAAACUUCAUCACACAUGAUAUCGGAAGUAGUGGAUUGGACUCCUAUGAAACGGUCUAUGAAAUCACAAGCAUAGCGACUGCUACGGACAAUAAUUACAAGAUAUAUCAAGAAAUUUUAAAUACCAUGAAUGGGAAUAUAUGGCACAGCACUGAAGGAACAACAAAUAAAGUGAAUACGUCGAGGCUGUUUUUCAUGUUUAGUUAUAUGGGAACAACUCUAAAUGAACUGGAUAACUUAGAUCCGCAUCAGAUAUCAGAAAUAAUUUUACCCCUCAAAAGGAGGUAUAUAGACUCUCCUAAUGAAGAGUUGCGUGAGUCAGUUCACUUAUUUGUGCUGUCAUUGUUCAUGAACAACAAAUGUACCGCGCUGAUUGAGUGGCAGUCGAAAAACUUUCUCAACUACAUAAGCAUCUCUGUGGACCAAUUUUUGCGAGGUAAUAUUAAGGGAAACCAGCUUGUAAUAAUUUAUCAAAAAAUGGCUUCUAGAGUGCCAUAUUUGAGGCUACUAAGUAAGCAUGUAUUGAGAGAUAGCUUACAUUACACUUAUCUCAGGACUAUAAAUUGCAAGGGAAGUGAACUUCAACAAAAAAAGACUCUCAUGAAGUGUAUAAUAUACCAGCUGCCCUAUUUGACCGAACCAUAUCUCAUAACGUGGCUUGACACAUGUCAAGAUUUACUUGCUAAAAACAAUUUUACAGCAAUACAGCGUAGUGAUGUCCUCUGCACUAUGUGGGAUACCAUAUCGUCCUGUAAAUCAGAUAUCGCAUUGAAAUGGUGGUAUGCCAACAUGGUACCCUUGAAUGCUCUGCUAUGA